AAAAAAUCUGUGUACGGAAGAGCUGCAGCGGCAUGUUUAAUGGUGUAAACCGAGAUGUUCAAACACGUUUUCUUGACAGGACCUCCAGGUGUGGGGAAAACCACUCUGGUCCAGAAAGCUUGUGAGGCUUUAGUGUCAUCAGGAGUGGGAGUUGAAGGGUUUUACACAGAGGAAGUCAGGGAGGGAGGCCGGAGAGUCGGCUUUGAUGUUGUCACCCUGACAGGAGAGAGGGGCCACCUGUCCAGAAUCAGAGACGCUGCUGGUGCGUCUCACGGCAGACGGGAAUACACAGUUGGCCAGUAUGUGGUUGACUUGCCUUCGUUUGAAAACCUGGCUCUCCCACUCUUCAGAAAUGUAGGGUCAGCAGAUGGGGGCAGCAGGAAGGUGUUUGUCAUUGACGAAAUUGGCAAAAUGGAGCUCUUCAGCCAGUCGUUCAUCAGGGCAGUGAGACAGACUUUAGAUAGCUCUUCCUGCACCAUCCUGGGCACCAUCCCCAUCCCCAAGGGUAAACCACUGGGUCUUGUGGAAGAGGUGCGGAGCAGGAGAGAUGUCAAGGUCUUUACUGUGUCGAAGGAGAACCGAAGUGCUAUUCUACAAGACAUUUUGGCAGCACUACAAGAAUGUCUAAAACAAACACCCUAAUAUGGAGCUUCAGAGCCAUUAAAGAGGAAAAACCCAGCGGUUCGUGCGUAUUUUUGUGCUGACAAGAAGUUUUAUUUGUGUCAGUGCAUACACAGCGCACACAGCCAGAGCAUUCAGUGGGUCUACACACGCUUCAUAACAGCCUUGUGACCUAACCUGAAGGGCAUCCGAGCCGCUGAAAGAGUUAGUGUGUCACAUGCAUGCAUUUAUGUACACAAUUCAUGUUUUUCAUCCUCAUACAGCCUCAAAAUGGAUUGCAUGCUGAAUAAUUGAUUGUGAGAUGGAACACAGCGGGGGGAAUUGUUCGGUUAGUGUGUAAAUACCCCGUGCUCUCAGAGUCAGGCUUCGCCCUCAAAACAGCUGUGUUUUAUUUUUUAUUUAGCUGUUGGUCUUAUAGAGGCUGCAGCAUGCCUUUCUCAUUUUGAGUGUAGAAAAUUCAUUUGUUCUCAAGGACAAUCGGUGCUAUAUUUUUUUUUUUCUUUUAAACAAAGCAAUGCUCUGUUCAUUCAUUUAGAUCUGUGCUGCGUGAGCCUCCCAAUGUGUUUGUCUUGUCAACCUGAGGAUGUGCUCAUUGAAAAUCAAUCAAUAUUUAACAGUACAACUGUAUCCAAUCCUUUCAUGGUUUCUUCAUCUACUAGCGUGACCAGAAAUUUAAAAAAUAAACAGUUAUUGUCUUUCAACAGUGAGAUAGUUUCUUUUCAUA